AUGUCGAACUCUGACAAUUGCACCAUAGUCACUUGCCCGCUUACCGAGGCCUACCUGGACUACCUACCCAACCUCCCAGCUAAUGCAUUCUUUGUCGGCUUAUUCGGUCUCAUCUGUGGGAUUCAACUCAUUUUGGGAAUCAGGUACCGAAUGUGGUCUUACAUGAUUCCCAUGUUAUUCGGCCUCAUUCUCGAAGUGCUGGGAUACAUCGGCCGGAUCAUGCUGCACAACAACCCAUUUAACUUUAACAGCUUUCUUCUGUAUCUGAUUUGUCUGACGAUUGCUCCGGCCUUUUUCAGUGCAUCCAUAUAUAUCUGUCUGGGCAAGAUCAUCACGGUCUAUGGGGAGAAUGUUGCCCGCUUUCGUCCUCGAACAUAUACAAUAGCCUUCGUCUCAUUCGAUAUCGCAAGCCUGUUGAUGCAAUCGGUCGGUGGAGCCCUCACGUCAAUCGCCGACGACGAUCAGCGCAGCCUCCAACAGACUGGAAUCAACAUCAUGAUUGCUGGGUUGGCCUUCCAGGUCGCCUCGCUCUUUCUAUUCAUUGUUCUGGGCUCCGAGUUUGCCCUUCGAGUGCACAGAAGCCCGAAGUCAGAAUUCAGUGACUUCAGUGGCCUCCGACAGAGCCGGAAGUGGACAAUGUUCAUUUACUGCCUCAUUCUUGCCACGCUGACUAUCUUUAUUCGAUCGAUCUUCCGAGUUGCCGAGCUGAAGGGUGGAUUUGGCAGUGCAUUGGCCAAUAACGAGGUUGAUCUGAUGGUGCUAGAAAGCACCAUGGUUUCCAUUGCAUGCAUUGCCCUAACAGCUGCUCACCCGGCAAUCGUUAUUGGUCGAGCCUGGAAUUCUCUAUAA